AUGGCGGAAUACGACAUCUACCCAACCCAUUUUUUGGAUAACAGCCGCAGCCACAAGAACCUCCUUUUGGCAUGGACUCUCCGCUUCAACGACGUGCUAGACGGUGAGAAGCUCAACGAUGCUCUGUGGCAGCUCUUGGAGAUUGGGGACUGGAGAAAGCUUGGCGGGAGAUUGAGAAUGGACAAACAAGGCAAACUGGAGAUGCAUGUACCCAAAGUGUUCACGAAGGAAUAUCCUCCCGUUUAUUUUACCAGUGAGUCGUUUGACUUGGGCAUUGAGGAGCAUCCUCUAGCCAGGGAGCUUCCGACUCCGACCGAAAACGUUUCCUUACAACGGCCAGCGUCAGACUUUCGCUCCCUCUCGACUCGCACAGAUGCUCCAAGAACGCUCACAGACCUUAUCAGCAAGGAUAUCCCACAAAUGUCUCUACACGUUGUAUCAUUCAACGACGCAACUCUUGUCUCAGUCUCAUGGCCGCACGCUCUGAUGGACGGCAUGAGUUUACAGUCCCUGCUCAAAUCGUGGUCCCUAGUUCUGGCUGGCAAGAAUGAAGAAGUUGCCCCGUUACUUGGGGCUAAAGAAGAUCUUAUUUACACGGCAGCGUCUCCGCAAAUCGUGCCCAAGGAGCCUUGGAUUAUGGGAGAGGCAAUACUUACAGGCUUCGCAUUUUUCCUGUUUGUCGUGCGAUUCCUGUGGAACAUCCUUACGCAACGAACCAUAGAAUGCCGAACAAUUUGCUUUCCAAGAGCAAUCAUGGCCAGACUUCGCCAGAAGGCUUUGGAAGAGGCAGCAGAAGUGCAUCGUGACAAGGAAGACCCCCCUUGGCUAAGUGAAGGUGAUGUUAUCUUGGCAUGGGGUGCAAAGAUUGUCGCCAUGGCUCAGCCAUCACCACGACCAAUGAACGGACUGUGUCCCUUGGACUUGCGCCCACGACUUCCUGAGCUGGCCGGCGCGAAUGGAGUAUUUAUUCAAAACGCCGUGGCCUGCGCGGGUAUCCAGUUGUCCAAGGCCGAACUCAAACAGCCUCUUGGCUUUAUUGCGUCCAAGUGGAGAGAGGCUCUCACCACGCAGACUACGCCAUCACAAGUUCGUAGCUUCCUCUGCGAAUCCCGCAAGCUCUGGGAUUCUGGUAAGGAUCCUAGCCUUGUCCCGGGUUUGUGGAAUGGUGAGCUGUUCACCGUCACAAAUUGGACAAAGGGAAACUUUGUAAAUGUAGCCGACUUUUCACCAGCCGUGUCCAAAACUGGGCAGUCGGGCGAGAAGAGAAGCAAUCGGCCAGGAACCAUGGUUUACCACCAGUCUUUUGUCUUGGGGAAUGAUGCGACCAUGAGAAAUGUGAUUGGAGUGGUGGGCAAGGACUGCUGGGAUAACUAUUGGAUGACGGGGUAUUUUUCACCGAGGACGUGGGCUGUGAUGGAGAGGGAGAUUGAAACCUUGAGUCGGAUCUAG